CGCCUGCUAUACGGAGUCGGGGCUCUAGGUGUCCUGCCUGGGAGGGUCCCUGCUGCAUUGCAGCCUCCGCGCUGCUCCGUGUCUGGCGCGCACAAUGGCGACUCCCAGCCCCAGCAGCGGCUCCAGCUCCGGCUCCGGCUCCAGCAGCGGGAGCAGCACCCCGGGCUCCCAGGCGCACACGGCGGUCAGCAGCAUGCAGGGCUUUCAGAUAAACUUCUGUGAAAAGGCACAAAACGUCCACUUGGACACUUUUUCAGCAGAAUCAAGUAAACGCAAAGCAUUGAAGUUGAAUUUUGCAAAUCCACCUUUCAAAUCCACAGCAAGAUUUACUCUAAAUACGUCUGGAGUUCCGUUCCAAAAUCCUCACAUUGAUACACAAGCAACACUGGGUAGUAAUCACAUUGUCCCGUUCACUUUCAAAAGGAGAGAAGCGGACCUCAUCCAGAAACUUUCCAGCAGGCUACAAGAGAGACUGAGAACACACAGCAUUGAAUCAUCAGGAAAAUUGAAGAUUUCCCCUGAACAACAUUGGGAUUUUACUGCAGAGGACUUGAAAGACCUUGGAGAAAUUGGACGAGGAGCUUAUGGUUCUGUCAACAAAAUGGUCCACAAACCAAGUGGGCAAAUUAUGGCAGUUAAAAGAAUUCGAUCAACGGUGGAUGAAAAGGAACAGAAACAGCUUCUAAUGGACUUGGAUGUAGUGAUGCGAAGUAGUGACUGCCCCUAUAUUGUUCAGUUUUAUGGAGCACUCUUCAGAGAGGGUGACUGUUGGAUCUGUAUGGAGCUCAUGUCUACCUCGUUUGAUAAGUUUUACAAAUAUGUAUAUAGUGUAUUAGAUGAUGUUAUUCCAGAAGAAAUCUUAGGCAAAAUCACUUUAGCUACUGUGAAAGCACUAAACCACUUAAAAGAAAACUUGAAAAUCAUUCACAGAGACAUCAAACCUUCCAAUAUUCUUCUGGACAGAAAUGGGAAUAUUAAACUCUGUGACUUCGGCAUUAGUGGACAACUUGUGGACUCCAUUGCAAAAACAAGAGAUGCUGGGUGCAGACCAUACAUGGCACCUGAAAGGAUAGACCCCAGUGCAUCCAGGCAAGGCUAUGAUGUCCGCUCAGAUGUUUGGAGCUUGGGAAUUACGUUGUAUGAGCUGGCCACAGGGCGAUUCCCCUAUCCCAAAUGGAACAGUGUAUUUGAUCAGCUGACACAAGUAGUAAAAGGAGACCCGCCACAGCUGAGUAACUCAGAGGAGAGGGAAUUCUCCCCAAGUUUCAUCAACUUUGUCAACUUGUGCCUUACAAAGGACGAAUCCAAAAGGCCAAAGUAUAAAGAGCUUCUGAAACAUCCCUUCAUUCUGAUGUACGAAGAGCGCACGGUGGAUGUGGCAUGCUACGUCUGCAAAAUCCUGGAUCAGAUGCCAACAACUCCCAGCUCUCCGAUGUAUGUCGAUUGACACUGCUGCUUCAUCCAACUCUAGAGAAAGGGCUGAGAGAAAACAAGCUGUAAAGAAUUUUCAUCACAUAUUGCAGUGUUUUUAAUGCUCGCCCAGACACCAUGUGCAAUAAUAUUGGUGUUAUUUCCAUCCUGUCUGUAUACCAUUGUCACAUAUAAAGUGCAUCCCUGUAAUACCUGAUCACACAGUGUUAGUGUUGGUCAAAGAGAGACCUCGUCUUGCUCUUUUGUGGACAUAUUCAUGAAAUGUGGAAAUAAGUACAUUUAUUUGUUGACCGUGAUUGGAUAGCACCUAAAAUUCAUUUCUAGACUCAAAACUUGGAGACUUCUCAACGGCUACUGGAAAGAUUUUUCUCUCAAGCUCUUCCAAUUAUUGUUUCAAGUAAUAAUAAUAAUAAUAAAAAAGUUAGGCUUUGUUUGUCUGAACAUAAUGAGACUUUGCCUGGAGGAAGAAGAACUUGCAUAACCAAGAUACUUUGCCUCCUGGAGUUGGAAAGGCAAAGGAGGAUUUUAUUCUUCACAAAGUGCAAUAGAUUUACUGUUAUGAAAUUCUGUUGCUUUACAGUCGUAGUGUAUUUUCUGGGGACAGUGCUCAGCUGAACUUCCUGUUAAAGAGAGAUCAUGUUAAAUAUAGUGAAUAUGUCUUUACCAAAAAUAUGUUGCAUUGAAAGAGGCUAACAUUAAAAUAUUCAGAGAUGAGACAUAAUGUAUUCUUCUCUCCUUUACCAAGCCAGCCACUCUUCAUUAUAACUAGGUGUCCUGUAAAUUGUUACCUGCUAAGAUAAGACCUUUGACCUGAAAAAUUAUUAAACUACUCGAUUGAAUUUAA